AUGUGCUUCACCAUCCUAGCCCAGGUCCAGCGAUCUCUACAACACUCAUCCCCCCAGCCGACCCUCGCCAUCCCAUUUACUCCAAAAGGCAUUCUCUCCGAUGGCAAAGCCUUCCCCAAAUCCAUUUUCGAAUGGAUUGACCUCGCUUCUCGAUUCGUAUCAUCGGAAGACAAACCUGCCGCCCAGCUCCUCCCUAUUGUCCUCCGUCUCGUCAAGCUUUCAGCCCGAGUCCACAGCCAACCCUUAAUGGAUGGCGACCCCCAAACUGCAAACGUGAUUCACGAAGUCCUUCAACUUGACGACGCUCUCGCGGCCUGGGAAGACCAGGUACGAACACACAACACAAACACCAACACAAACGGCAAUGACUCCACUACAAACACGAACAUCUGGACCGUAACAGAAGACCUCCUCUCCAACUACGCCCCUUCCCCUACAGCUGACCCCGUCCCUCCGCAAGCCGUCUUCGACGGCGCCUACCAUGUCUACUCUGACAUGUUUGUCGCCCGAACAUGGAAUCACUACCGCUGGGCACGUAUUUUAACGUGCCAGAUGCUGCUUGAGGCUGCGUUUCGGUUUCCCAUGACAAACACCACCUCUUUUCCUAAUGCAUUGAUCUCGCCAGCGAGGAUACAAUCCUCAUUGACCGUGAUAUCUCGUCUAGCCCGUGAUAUCCUCGUCUCGACCCCGUCUCACUACCGCCAUCCCUCCUUACGACCAAAGCACUGGGCUUGUUCAAUCUUUGACCGUACCCAUGGUGGAGCAGUCAUUGGAUUUGCGGGGGUCCCGACGCUGUUGUUUGAGAUUAAAGUGGCUGGGUGUGCGCCGGGCGUGGAGGCAAAGUGUAGAGAGUGGGCAUUGGGACUGCUGGAGACGGCGUGGAAGGAUACGGGGAUGGGGCAGGCCAGGUUGCUGAUGGAGAUCGUAGAGGGGAUCGUGGAGGGGGAAAGGAGAAGGUCGGAUAUGAAGAAUAGGAUGGAAGGGAUUAUUCCGAACGGGCAGGGGAAUGGGAAUGGGAUGGGAACGCAGAGGGGAAUGGGGUUUGCAAUGUUGGCUGUGAGGUAG